CGGUAAUGCUCCGCCAGCCACACGGGAAGUGGGGGAGCUCGAGACUCCUCACUCUGGAGCAGGGCCGCGGGGGCAGCGCGUGCGGCGGGGGGAGGGGGAUCCCAGCACGGAGCGGCCCAUCCCGGCCCCGGCGCGGGGCAGGGGGAGGAAGGCGGCGGCGGCAGCAGCGCUGGUUCCAUGGCGCGGAGCCGGAGCCGGGGCUGAGGACCCCGCCCGCCCAUGGACCCCGCCGCGGCGGCGGCCGCCGAGGAGGAGGAGAAGCCGCAGCAGCCCCCGGUGAUCUACACCAUGGAGAACAAGCCCAUCGUGACCUGUGCUGGAGAUCAGAAUUUAUUCACUUCUGUAUAUCCCAUGCUUUCUCAGCAGCUUCCAAAAGAACCUAUGGAAUGGAGAAGGUCUUAUGGACGUGCUCCUAAGAUGAUUCAUCUUGAAUCUAAUUUUGUUCAAUUUAAAGAGGAGUUGUUACCCAAAGAAGGAAACAAGGCUCUCCUGACUUUUCCCUUCCUUCAUAUUUAUUGGACAGAAUGUUGUGAUACAGAAGUGUACAAAGCUACAGUAAAGGAUGACAUCACCAAGUGGCAGAAUGUUCUGAAAGUGCACAGCUCUGUGGAUUGGUUAAUUGUGGUAGUUGAGAGCGAUGCAAAAAAAAACAAAACCAACAUCCUUCCCCGAACAUCUAUAGUAGAUAAAAUAAGAAAUGACUUCUGUAACAAGCAAAGUGACAGAUGUGUGGUACUGUCUGACCCCUUGAAAGACUCUUCCCGUUCUCAGGAAUCCUGGAACGCCUUCCUGACAAAACUCAGGACGCUGCUUCUCAUGUCUUUUACCAAAAAUCUAGGCAAGUUUGAAGAUGACAUGAGAACUUUGAGGGAGAAGAGGACUGAGCCAGGGUGGAGUUUUUGCGAGUAUUUCAUGGUCCAGGAAGAGCUGGCCUUUGUCUUUGAAAUGCUGCAGCAGUUUGAAGAUGCCUUGGUGCAGUAUGAUGAACUUGAUGCCUUGUUCUCUCAAUAUGUUGUUAACUUUGGUGCUGGUGAUGGAGCAAAUUGGUUGACAUUUUUCUGCCAACCAGUGCGGAGCUGGAAUGGGUUGAUUCUCCGUAAACCAAUAGAUAUGGAGAAACGAGAGCUGAUUCAGAAUCAAGAAGCCACUCUAUUAGACUUGCGCAGUUACCUGUUUUCUCGCCAGUGCACGUUGCUGAUCUUCCUACAGAGACCGUGGGAAGUGUCCCAGCGAGCACUAGAGCUUCUUCACAACUGCGUGCAGGAGCUUAAGCUACUAGAAGUCUCUGUUCCUCCUGGAGCUUUGGAUUGCUGGGUAUUUUUGAGCUGUUUAGAGGUCCUACAAAGAAUAGAAGGCUGCUGUGACCGAGCACAAGUAGAUGCCAAUGUUUCCCACACAGUUGGCUUAUGGACCUAUGCCACUGAAAAGCUAAAAUCCCUUGGUUACCUGUGUGGACUUGUGUCAGAAAAGGGACCUGAUUCAGAAGAUCUUAACAGAACAGUUGAUCUGUUAGCAGGCUUGGGAGCAGAGCGCCCUGAAACAGCCAACACCGCACAAAGUCCUUAUAAGAAACUCAAGGAGGCCUUAUCAUCUGUAGAAGCUUUUGAAAAACACUACUUAGAUCUGUCCCAUGCCACCAUUGAAAUGUACACAAAUAUUGGAAGAAUUCGCUCGGCUAAACUUGUUGGAAAGGACUUAGCAGAGUUUUAUAUGAGGAAGAAGGGUCCACAGAAGGCAGAGGUCUAUCUUCAAGGAGCACUAAAAACUUACCUUGCUGAGGGCUGGGCAUUGCUUAUCACACAUACAAGAAAGCAGUUAGCCGAAUGUCAGAAACACCUUGGGCAAAUUGAAAACUAUCUUCAAACAAGCAGUCUUUUAGCCAGUGAUGAUCACUUAACAAAAGAUGAGCGCCAGCACUUCUGCCAAGAAAUUUUAAAUUUUGCCAACCAGCAAACAGAGGGCAAAGGUCAAAAGGUUAUACUGUCUAUGCAUUCCUUUGCACAGCUGAAAACUCUACAUUUUGACCCUCCAAAUGCUGUUAUCCAUGUGGGUGGAAUGUUGUCUAUUGAGCUGACUUUGCUGAGCCAAAUGCCCGUCCCAGUCGAAGUGGAUCAGAUUGCCGUCAAUGUCCACUUCAGCAUUGAGAAAAGUAAUUACCGGAAAACAGCUGAAUGGCUCACUAAACACAAAACUUCCAACGGUAUUAUCAGCUUCCCAAAUGAGGUUGCAGGCUUCCCUUUCUCAAGAAAUAACUUGCCAGCACUGGAGUUAUAUGAAAUGUACGAAAGGAGCCCUUCGGAUAACUCUUUGAACACGACGGGAAUAAUCUGCAAAAAUGUGCACAUGCUACUGCGAAGGCAGGAGAGCAGCUCUUCUCUGGAAAUGCCCUCAGGGGUGACUCUAGAGGAUGGGGCUCACAUGUUAAGAUGUAGCAACUUUAUACUGGAACCAGGGGUCAAUACAAUAACAUUCAGAACUCAGGCCAAAGAACCUGGGACAUAUACUCUCAGGCAGCUGUGCACGUCAGUGGGUAAAGUGCACUUUGUCCUUCCUCACAUUUACCCAGUUGUGCAGUAUGAUGUGUACUCUCAGGAGCCCCAGCUAAAAGUGGAGCCAUUGACUGACAGCCUUUUGGCUGGUAUUCCUCAGAGGGUGAAGUUCACAGUGACUACUGGCCAUUAUACCAUGAAGAGUGGAGAUACUCUGCAGCUCAGUAACGCCGAUGCCAUGCCUUUCCUGUACCAUCCAGAGAGCAAAGCAUUGAUCUAUUCCAAUACCAAGGAAAAAGUCUCAGAAUCAUCAUUACUGAUCCAGUCUUCUGAAAAGAUCACAAGCAUCACCCUGCCAGUGGCUCCUGCAUAUCACGUGAUUGAAUUUGACCUAGAAGUUAUCUAUUUGCCAUCAACCCCAACAGCUUCAGUGGAAAGUGAAAAUCUGAUAAAUAAAGAACUGCACAGGAAAAGCAAAGAGAAGCAGAAAAUGGACAACUGCAUGGCUACAGUUGACCAAAAAGUAACCAUUGAUUGUCCAUGGUCAAUUUACUCCACCAUUAUUGCAUUAACGUUCAGUGUACCUUUUAAUGCCAAGCAUUCCUUACUGUCAGCUGGCAAACGGAAAUACGUACAGGUUUGUGUACAGAAUUUGUCAGAACUCUGUUUCCAGCUGUCUGACAAUAACCUAAAAAAUUUUGGUAACUGCAUAGAUCUACAGCUGGUACCUCUGAAGCCAGAAUCCCAACAGCACAUAUACAGUAAGCAGUCAGUAUUCUUUGUGUGGGAAUUGAAGUGGACAAAAGAACUUCCCCCCUCUUUGCAGUGCCAGUUUUCGGUUAGCUUUUGUCCAGAUACCUCUGAAGAGCAGUCAUUCUUCUUGAAGCCGUACACUUACGAAUUCCAAGUGGAAAAUUAUUUUACAUUGUAUAAUGUGAAAACUCAGAUUUUUCCACCAUUGGGGGCGGAGUAUUGUAAAACAGGCUCACUCUGCUCUUUGGAGGUGUCAAUCACCCGACUCUCUGACCUCUUAGAUGUGGAUAAAGAUGAAGCAUUAACAGAAUCAGAUGGGUACUGCACGACGAAACUUAUGUAUGAAGUUGUUGACAACAGUAGUAACUGGGCAGUCUGUGGAAAAAGCUCAGGAGUAAUAUCUAUGCCUGUAGCAGCUCAAGCAACUCACAAAGUGCACAUGGAAGUGAUGCCACUUUUUGCUGGAUACCUCCCCUUUCCUGAUGUCAAACUAUUUAAAUACCUCCCUCAUCAUUCUGCUCACUCCAUGCAACUUGAUGCUGACAGUUGGAUUGAAAAUGAUAACCUAUCUGUGGACAAGAAUAUGGAUGAUCAGGCUGACAACAGUAGCAUAAAGAGUAGAGGCAGUUUACAUUCAGCAGCCAGCGGGGAACAUAAAGGUCUGCCAAUGCCCCGUCUACAAUCCUUUUCACCUGGUCAGGUCUUCAACUCCAGCACGAGCAUGCAAAUCCUUGUCAUUCCCAGCAAGGAUGACCAUGUUCUGGAAGUCAAUAUCACAUGAUAACUAAAUAUAAAUAAACAAGGAAAACAAAAACCAUUAGAGACUUGAUAUGAAUGCACUUUAAUAGAUCAUAACCUGAUUAUUCUCCAUUGUAACAUUCUGAUUUAAACCAGACCUAUGGCAACUCAACGCUGACUGGCCAUGGAAGCAUCAGACAAUUUUAUCAAUUUAAAUGUACAGUGGAGGUUGUGUCAACUAGUUUAUAUUGCUACUUUAGUAUGUUUUGUGUAAAAUGAUUUUCUGUUUUUCCCUUCAGUCACAUCCUGCUGGUAAAGUCAAGAUGCUUGCUGCAGUUGGUCUGUUGUUUGUGUUACUGGAGCACCCUCCAGAUCUGCUGUUUUCUUUUAAAGUAGUCAGAUUUCUGUUCACACAAAUGUUUCAGGUUGACAUACAGUAAGCCUUGCAAUGUGGCUGUUAAUGACUCAAAUGUGUGCCUUUCUAGUCACACGACUGUCUGGUUUCCUGGACCAGGGUAGCUUUCCAGAUGCCUAAAGAAUAGGGUGAGUGAUUCUGAAUCCCACAGCAUCUAGAAGGGUUUAAAAAUUAUAUAUAUAUUUUUUCCUGAAGACUUGCUUAACCUCUUCUGUGCCUUGGGACAUAUGAAUUAUUUACCCAUAUAAGCCCUUUUGAAUCAUACCAAGACAUUCAUUUAAGUCAGACCUUUUAAAAGGCAUGGUCCUUGAUCUGAACAAUAGCAUGGCAUGUAAGUGGUUAAGUUAGGAAUAAAUGUUCAUGGGAUCAUCAUUUUCCCCCAGAGAGAUUUAAUUAAUGAGAAGCAAGUAGCAUCAGAUCAGAUAGGUAACUUUUUAUUAAAUACUAGCUCAUUUUUUAAAAACCAAAGUCUGUUCCUUCUGACUCCGUGGCCCUAAUUAGUGUUUACUGUUAUGGACUCUGGAGCUAUAUAUAUUUUUGCACCUUAAUCCUAGUUUUCCAAAAGUAAAUGUCACUUAAAGAUUACUUUAUUCUUUCCAUUCUCAUUAAGGGGAAGAAUUAAGGUCCUAGAAUUGAACCUCUUCUGGUCCAGCAAACUGCAGUCAUACCAUACCAACUGAUUAUUUUUCAGUUGUAAAUUUUAUUGUAUAUAUGGUUGAUUAUUUAAAAAAAAAAGUCCAAACUAACUGAUAUGUCUGUGUAUAAGUUGCACCAAAAAUCAAGGAGAAAAUAAAUGUGUGUUUUUAUUGGUGUGAAAGUCACAGCUUGUAAAUAAGUGUAGUGUUUUAAACCUUUUCCAGUUCUCAAAAGCUCUGUAUUUUUGUAUAUAUGUAUUUCACCGAAAUUCACUGGUAAAGUCUUUGGGAGGAAAAAAAAUCAGUGUGAACUGAUACAUGAUUCCAGCAGAUACGUGGCCUCUUAGUGAAAAACCUGUACAAUGCGAAUCUUAAAGGAAGCCUCUGCAGUUGUUUCCGUAGGUUCUUAAUAUUUCUAAGUAUAGAGGAACAUGGAACAAAGAAAAAUCCAAAUAGGUAAACUAUCUUCAGUCUGAUUUUUUUUAUCUUGCAGUGUUCAGGGUUUUUUUACUUGUUCAUGACUCCUUUUCUUAUGCUUUGAAAUUCACUCAGACUUGAAUGAUGCAAUCAUCAGUUUAUUAUUUUUGUUUUUUAGCUAGGAAAAGGUAAGUAACUUAAAGGUUUUCCAUAAAUCUUCCAAAAAUAUUUGAUCUACAAUGUACUGAAUUUAAAAUUAAUAAACUCAUUCAGUUUGCUACCUGAACUACAACCUUAAAGUGGUAGUUGCUCUGCUGAUUUUUCCUUUCUUUAGCAUCAUGAACUUCGUUUGUAGUUUUCUGAGUAGCUACAGUCUAUUGCAUAUUUAAGAAUCAAAAACACAUGGAAGAGGAGGGACCAAUGAAAACAACCCGAGAACAGUCAGCUGUGCUAAUUUUUGCUUCACACUGAGGGAAAAUAGUAGGUUAUACAAUCUGUAUACACUGGAAUCUCCCCUACACUACAAAAUCACCUAAGUUGUGAGUUGCCAUCCUGCACUGACCUCUACUGAAGCAAGAGUGACUGUUGGAGUUCAAAAAUGCAUUCAGAUAAUGUAAACUACUUGGUUUCUAAUUGAGUUCCCAGAUUAAAAAAAAAAACUUUAUUUGCAUUUAAGUGGUUUGUAUUUUCUCUGCCCUGGUUUUAAAACAGGAAAAUGUUUCAGUAUAAAUGUGACAUCUAAACAAUCACUUUUCAUCACAAAAACUACCACAAAGGCUUAGUCUAAUUAUUACUACUUAGAGGCAAGACUUCUGCAUAUAGGAUGGAUGAAGUAGGUUGGUUUUCUAUUUAGGAAAAUUUGCAGAUGUAGAAUAAUUGUGAAGCAAAGUUAAAGUGUGUGUAACUGAAGAUAAGUAUAUAUAGCUAAAUUCUUUAUCUGUCAAACGUUGUAAAUACUAUCAAACGUAAAAAAAAAAAAAGAGGUAUAAUUUUUGUGAAUGUCACAGUUUUGUGUGUGACUGGAAAGAUUAUAACUCUCCUUGUUGUUUUCUCCUGUUAAUAUGGAAAUUGUUGCACUUAACGUGAGAUUGUGACUUUCUACCUGCAGUUGUAUAAAGUCCCAUUGUCAAGGCACUGUACACAGGAAAAUAUCCCAUACUAAAUAUUUGUCAAUAAAAAUAAACAUAUAAAAGAGAAAUUAUGAGGAUAGGAUCUCCUGAUAAACUCUUCCUCAUUUUUUCUUUUGUUUUUAAACUCAGGUUAUGUGAAAGUAAGUAAAGAAAUAAAACCAUCCUCUUUGGAAGGGAAUGGAAAAGAAAUUGGAGAAUGAGUAAACAUCUUGUAUUAAUCUAAAUAUUUUACUUAGACAAAGAUUGCUAAAAUAUAAUUAGAUGUGCUAGUACAAAGCCUUAUCUUUAUUCCAUCUUCUUUCUGUGAAGGAAUGCCCUUUCUUUGUGGAAUUUAUACUUAGACGAUUUUAAUCCAGAUAAAACCCAAAGCAUCAUUUAGUAUGGAUGGCUGCUGGGAUUCUUUGACUGGAAAAGGUGACAAGUUAGUGACUUUGACACUGCGGGUAUUAUGAUUAAUUCCAUUUUCUUGGUUUACUAUUAAAAAUCAUUUUUCACAUUGUUCUGUAAUAUAUAUAUUGUUAGACUAAACACAAAUUGUAUUAAGAUUGUUUAAUGAAAAUGUAAGCAUUAUAAUUCUAAAAAUAUACAUGUUUUAAAAAGAAA